CCUUAUUUGUGUACAUAACUCCAACCCCAGUGCUAGUCACCUGAUUAUGGUGACGUUAGGUUGGUAGAUGGUAUUCACUUUUCCUAAUGCACUUCAUACUUUUCCCCGAGGUCAGCAAUUAAUACAGCAAAAAUGUCUACAAACAAGAACCCGGAAGAAGAUAUUCUCCAAUUUUUACCUUCAAACACAAGUCGUUAUCCGUAUGAGGGAUUGCAGGAUUUCUGGUCUCAUAUUGCCCUUGAACAAGAGAAUUUUCACAAUAACAAAACCGGAAAAUGCAGCCAAUAUGUCUUAUUUACUAAUGUCACCGAUCAAGCAUUCACUCGAGACUUUGACAUAUCCAAACAUAAACCAAGUUGGCGCCUCUUCGAUUUUUACUACCCAUACACCCAGCUCCUUGUUAUCAGAAUGGUUACGUCUAAGGACCAUGAGCGGACACAUACGGCUCUUGCCAAUCUGUUGAUUGGGAAGUUAGCCGCUAUGAACGAAACGAACUUGUCUUUGGAUUGGACCGGAUCCGCGGACAUCGAAACACCCUCACGGACAAAAAGAGCGGACCAGGAAUUUGCACCCCGAAACCGUCCUCCUGAUAGAUCCGAACUGUGGCCAACCUUGGUCAUGGACGCUGGAUUUUCAGAAUCGAAGCCGAAACUUGAGUCAGACGCGGACUGGUGGAUCAAGGCAUCACAAGGCGACGUCAGAACGGCACUCACGAUCUCUGUGCACCGAAAGACACCAGAAAUUGUUAUAGAAAAGUGGGAGCCGAUUUGCACUUUACAAAAUAGCACCAGGGCCCAAUUUGAACCAAUUCUUCGAAAACACCUGGUAGUUUCGAACCAGAAGGGACAGACGGAAGCUGUCGUGAUCAGCGGCCCGCUUGUUUUGUCGUUUAGGGACCUCUUCCUUCGAGACGCAGGUCGCGGCGAAAAAGAAGAAAUAGAGUUCAGUGACACUGAUAUCAGAACGAUGGCCCAGAUGGUCUGGGAGAAGCAGAAAUUUUGAUUCCUGUCCCCCUUUUUUCUUCGCCGGUGCACCUCUCUACAGCACACAAAAGGUGUUCCAAAGCUUUCCUGGUUUUUUCGUCCUGCAUCGGAAUUUUUUGAAGCCGUUAAUUUCGCCCGGAAAGACGCUCAGUCUCACCCCCAUAUUCUCCGUUCCUGGACCUAGUUCUAGAACAAUUGGCUUUUCACCGGCCACGGACACAGAAACUAGCUGGUCCAGGAUGGAGGCAAAAAUCCAAAGCCGGAAUCCGGAAACAUCAGGCGAUAAGCUCAGGUGAACGGACUGGUCGGCUGUGAGAACCC